GUACCUAGCAACACCCCUGCCGAAGUUCAAUCUGAAUGGCUUCUCUUUGCCAAGCAAGGAAGAGUAAAAAGAAAGUGAGAAAGGGAUGCUGUACCCCCUUUGCAGUUCCUUUUCAGCUGUGCAAACAGAUGGCUGCCAAGCACUGAAACAGCGCAUCCUGAAAUAAAAGCCACGUGCCUUGGUUUGAUUGACAGUGGGCCACAUUGGCCAACUGGGAAAUGUGAGCAACGCCCUCCGAGCAGCGAGACUUUCUUAUCUACCAAGGUACCUUGAAACAUUAGACAUGCAUGGGAAUUCAGACACAUGGAGCAUCUCUGGAAAGUGCACCUGGUGAGAGGGGUGCAUAAAUACAAUCUUGCUUGUUCCUCACAUUCCUAUUUCUGGACAACUCUCCAAAGAUGAGGCUGAUUCUGCUGCUCGGGGUUCUCAUCAGGGCAACCUGGGGCCUGGAAAUGUUUGUGGGGGACCAGGUAAUCCGGGUGGAGCCAUCCAGUGCAGAGGAGGUCCGCCUGCUGAAGCAACUGGAAGCCAUGGAACCUCUCCAGCUCGAUUUCUGGAGGUUCCCUUCGUAUCCCGGCCGUCCUGUGGAUAUCCAAGUGCCACUUCCCUGCCUCCAAGAUGUGAAAGUCUUUCUGGAGUCCCACCAGAUGAAGUAUUAUGUCAUGAUCGAAGAUGUCCAGGCUGUAGUGGCUGAAGAAGCUCGAGAGAUGGAGCUCAACCAGCGACGGGAACGUGGCAGCAAGGGUUUCAACUAUGCUGCAUAUCACCCCCUGGAAUCUAUUUACCAAGCUAUGGACGACAUUGUGGCUGAACACUCCCAGCUUGUGAGCAAGCUCCAGAUUGGAGAGUCUUACGAAAAACGGCCCCUCUACGCCCUCAAGUUCAGCACUGGAGGACGUGGCCGGCCUGCAAUCUGGAUUGACGCUGGCAUCCAUGCUCGUGAAUGGGUCACCCAAGCUACCGCCCUGUGGACUGCGAAAAAGAUUGCCUCUGACUAUGGGAACGACCCGUCAUUAACUUCCUUGUUAGACACAAUGGAUAUUAUCCUGCUGGUUGUUGCCAAUCCAGAUGGAUACGUGUUUUCUCACACCAAAAACCGCAUGUGGAGGAAGACCCGCUCCAAGAUCCCGGGCAGCAGUUGCAUAGGAGUGGACCCCAACAGGAACUGGGAUGCCGGUUUUGGAGGACCUGGAGCCAGUAACAACCCCUGCUCCGAUUCUUACCAUGGACCCAGUGCCAAUUCCGAAGUAGAAGUGAGGUCCAUUGUGGAUUUCAUCAAGAACCAUGGGAAUGUCAAGGCCUUUAUCAGCGUCCACAGCUACUCGCAGCUUCUGAUGUUCCCCUUUGGGUACAAAUGCUCCAACCCCAAGGAUUACAAUGAACUGGAAUAUGUGGGGAAAGCGGCGAGCAAUGCUCUGAGUUCACUCUAUGGGACCCGUUUUAAAGUAGGACCCAUUUGCUCGGUUAUUUACCAAGCCAGUGGGGGCAGCAUUGACUGGACUUAUGACUACGGCAUCAAAUACUCGUUUGCCUUUGAACUGCGCGAUACGGGCCGCUACGGGUUCCUCUUGCCGGCCAAUCAGAUCGUCCCAACAGCCCAAGAGACCUGGCUGGCGCUGAUGACCAUCUUUGAGCAUGUGCGAGACCAUCCCUACUGAGCGGGGCGGAGCAGGGCAUGUGCCAGCAGCCACCCAGUGCCGCUGUGGCCAGAAAGCUGCUCCAUGGUCCCAGCUGCUUUGUCAGUCGGUGGUUCCAUCAAAGU